GAAUCGUUGGCUCACUUCGUUGAAUCAACAUGGUCGUGUUGUUGAAACUGGAUCAUGGCGUGACGCGCUAACAAGACAUCAUUCAACAACCGCAACGUCACAAUGAUAGCAAAGAAGGGACAAGCGACCAUGGGUUGCGGCGCGGCACACACGGUAAACGAAAAACUGCUCAAUACAAAUUUAGAUAACUUGAAUCACGCUAGAUAUAAAACGAAACUGGGCAAUUGAGCUCAUAAAGGAACUUGUAUUGGGUCUUUCUUAGUCUUUUUGAGAAGUCUGCUUUUCAUUGAUUAUAGGAGUCACUAGUGUUCUAAUCUGUGCCCUGAUAUGGAUACUGAUAUGGAAUUAAGCAAACCUACAUCUUCUGACGUCAUGGGUGACGCAGUACACUUUACCAAGAACAAAUCAUUGAUUAUAAAGGCUGUAGAUAGAUACAAGGAGCUCAGUAAAUCGGACGCGUAUCAACAGAUGUUCCAUGAGAAAGCUGACCCUACCAAACCGGAUGUCGUCAAGGCAAUGGCGGAUAUUCAUAUUCAUUUCACUAAGAAGGCACUAGAGGAUGUUGGGGUGGAGUUGAGUCAAAUUCCCGAUGAUGCGAUGGUAGAUCAUAUUGCAGUCAUGAAUUUCGCAAAUGACCCAGAGGUUAUUGGCAAGCUUAAUGGUAUGAUCGAAGCCCCUGAAAGAUUGAUGCCACAUCUCAAACCCAGAGUCGCACUCGGGGAUAAAGUACCCGAAGAUGUGGAGGUAGUUUCCAUAGAAACAGGCAAACGUAUCCCGCUACUUGAACUACGUAUUAACAAAGAGCGACCACUUUUAAUUAUUGCGUCAUCACUGAGCUGACCCCCCUUAUCGGGCAUUGUACAUGGUGGUGCACUACACGCCCUCUACAUGGAUUAUAAAGAUAAAGCGGAGAUUAUUUUGGUUUAUAUCUUGGAAGCACACUCAACUGAGGGCUGGAAGAUGGGACCAAGAUUUAGUAAGUCGAAACAACCAACCACAAUUGAAGAAAGAAUAGACGGGGCCAGACAAUUGUUGGAUAUUAUCCCUGACACAGUGACCUCUGACCCCUACGAUGCAAGUAAAGUUCGUGUUGUUGUUGACGACAUGGACAACAAAUUUGAUGAUGCGUUCUGGUGUUGGCCAGAUAGAUCUUUAGUAAUUCACGACGAUCGCUAUGUCUUCGCUGGGCGUAAUAUUAUCCAACAAGUGAGGUCACCUGAUAAACUACUGACACACGAUCUUCGUGAAUAUAUGGAAUCACAAAACAAAUAAACAUAAUACACCAUUCCUUCAAGUCGCGCCCUCUAGUGCCAAAAGCGCGUGUAUGACGUCCGUGUGUAUAAGGGAUGCCAUUAAAAACGUCGAUAUUGUUUUGAUCUGUGAUACUUCGUCAAUAAGUUUGUUUAGAGAUUUACUGUAAGUCGAGCGAUGACGCAACUUAAGUAUUGUAAACUACUUUAUUUUUGAACAUAUAGCUUUUUUCUUCUGUUAAGUUCAACCCAUCACGAAUCAGUGAAAACUAAACAUACAUGACACCAAAACAAUUCUUUCGGUGAAAAUUAAUUCAGGCUAUAAUAAAAUAUUUUACAGUACUUGAACGGCACUGCGAUUACACUAAUCAACUACGCAAUUCAGCCCCGCCAAUAAGAAACGCUUCGACGGAGGGCACGACUUAUUAAAAAUGUGUAGAUACGAUAUGUCGUGUAAUUAAUCUAACCAAUCAGCGAUUGUCGCUAGUAUAAACACUAAAAACGCUUUCCAUACUAUGAGUUUAUAUUACAUAUUCGUAGAAAUAUAAUGUAAACACUUAAUAAUCAUUAUAAUAUAUCGAGUGUUUAAUUCAUAUAUCAUUAUAUAAUCAAUAUGUCGACCAACAGUAAAUUAACGUGAUAUUUGAAUACUGUGUCACGUGGUAAUGUACGUCAGUAACACAAUACUAAUAACACUAUUGUGUACAACCAUACAUGCCACUAAUUUGUACCUACAUACGUCUAUGCAGUAUAUUCAUUGAUGUUGGAAUAAUGACGAUUAUUAAGAAAAAAGGCAUUGACUUCUUGUAAUCCGAUAACGAAUCUAAUACUUUGAGGGACACGUCUUUGAAAGAUAUGUUAAACUACUGUGGACGUGUAUAGGUCCUGGACUUUGAUAUAUGGAUUAUAUAUUGAAUUGUUAAAAUUGGAUGUUUCAACAAUAAAAUGAAUUUAUUUCUGAAUUUUAGCUACAAAAUAA